CCGGGCUCCCCCCGCCGCCCCUCGCGGGGAGCCCCGCGCUCAGCCCUCAGCCUCCCCCGCUCUUGUUUUGCAGUGUUGCCCGUGCGAGGAGAAGUCCUGGAGCUGGAAUCGCUCACAUAACCCUUAAAGAUGAAGCAGCGGGAGAACGCGGGGUUCGGUGCGUGCUGUGAGUGCUGCUCCUGCUCCCCGGCGAGGUGCAGGUGAUUUAAAGCUCUCACCGCCGUGCAGGAGCGCUCGGAACAUCCUCAUCGCCUCUGAGUUGUUGUUGUCCUUCGGGCUCCCGUCUUUAAACGCUUCCUGUAUCAGCAGCUGCUAUGGCAACAGAUGAGCCUGCCUACCUGACAGUGGGGACUGAUGUCAGUGCCAAGUACCGUGGUGCCUUCUGUGAGGCAAAGAUUAAGACAGUGAAGAGGCUUGUGAAAGUCAAGGUGGUCUUGAAAGGGGAUAACUCAACUCAAUUAGUGCAAGAUGACCAAGUGAAAGGACCUCUAAGAGUUGGAGCAAUGGUUGAAACCAAAAUGCCCGAUGGAUCUUUUCAGGAAGCAGUUAUCAGCAAGCUGACAGAUGCCAGUUGGUACACUGUAGUUUUUGAUGACGGUGAUGAAAGGACCUUGAGAAGAACUUCAUUAUGCUUGAAGGGAGAAAGGCACUUUGCAGAAAGUGAGACACUUGAUCAACUGCCACUAACCAAUCCAGAGCACUUUGGAACUCCAGUUAUUGGGAAGAAAUCCAAUAGAGGGAGAAGAUCUUCUCUUCCUGUUACUGAAGAUGAAAAGGAAGAAGAAAGUAGUGAAGAAGAGGAUGAAGAUAAGAGGCGCCUCAACGAUGAAUUGCUUGGCAAGGUUGUGAGUGUGACUUGUAAUUCAGAGAAGGCAGACUGGUACCCAGCUUUGGUUGUGUCACCGAGCUGCAAUGACGACGUCACCGUGAAAAAGGACCAGUGUUUAGUUCGAUCCUUUGCAGAUUCCAAAUUUUACUCAAUAGCAAGAAAAGACAUUAAGGAACUAGAUCUUCAAAACUUACCAAAAUCAGAGUCCUCUCCUAAGAAAGGGCUACAGGAGGCAACAACGUUUCUCAGCACCAGGGGAGUUCCUCGGAACUGGAAAAUGGACAUCAGUGAAAUCCUGGAGUCCUCCAGCAGUGAUGAGGAGGAUGGAGCUGCUGCAGAAACUGAUGAAGAGGAACAAAAAAGAGAAGAGAAAACAGAAGAAGUAGCGCCUGAGGAAGAGCUUGAUCCUGAAGAGAGGGACAACUUCCUCCAACAGCUUUACAAGUUUAUGGAAGACAGAGGUACUCCUAUCAAUAAACCACCAGUUCUGGGCUACAAGGACCUUAACCUCUUCAAACUUUUUAGGCUGGUUUAUCAGCAGGGUGGGUGUGACAAUAUUGAAAGUGGUGCUGUAUGGAAGCAAAUUUAUAUGGACCUUGGCAUUCCUAUUUUGAACUCAGCUGCUUCCUACAACGUAAAAACUGCUUAUAGAAAGUAUCUUUAUGGUUUUGAAGAGUACUGCCGUUCUGCAAACAUUCAGUUUAGGACCAUCCAUCACAAUGAACCAAAAGUGGUAGAAGAGACACAGAAACUCGUGGAACCAAUGGAGGAAAGUGUGAAAGAGGAACAAAAAAUGCCCCCAACAGAAGUUAAAAAAGAAGCAGAAGAAAAUUUUUCCAGCAGUGAAAGUGAGAAAGAAGAAAUUGAACUAAGAUCCCCAAGGGGACGAAGAAGACUUGCUCGUGAUGCAGUCCUUGCUAAAAAAGAGGGUGAAGAGGAUAAAACCCAAGACAAAUUAAAAGACAGUAACAAAGAAAACAAAGAUGUAGAGGAAACACCUGAGAAUGCAGAAAAGAAAGAAAAUGAAACUCCGCUAGGGAAGAAAAGCACACCAAAGCAAAAAGAGAAGAAAAUUAAAAAGCAGGAGGAUUCUGAUAAAGAGUCAGAUGAGGAGGAAGAGAGGCAGAGGGAGAGGGAAGAAAUUGAGAACAAAGGAGAAUCAGAAGGUGAAGAAGAUGAGGAGGACACAGAACCCUGCCUGACUGGAACCAAAGUGAAAGUAAAAUAUGGACGUGGAAAAACUCAAAAAAUUUAUGAAGCCAGUAUUAAAAGCACAGAAAUUGAUGAUGGAGAGGUUUUAUAUUUAGUUCAUUACUACGGUUGGAAUGUAAGGUAUGACGAAUGGGUGAAAGCUGAUCGGAUUAUCUGGCCAGUGGAAAAAGGAGGACCAAAGAGAAAACAGAAGAAAAAAACAAAAAAUAAAGAAGAUGGUGAAAAGGAUGAGAAGAAGGACGAGGAGAAACAAAAAUCCAAGCGUGGGCGGCCCCCUCUGAAAUCCACUCUCCCAUCCAACACGUCCUGCAGCCUCCCCAAAACGCCCAACAGCGAAGCAACACCUCGCAGGCAGACCAGACGUAGCUCAGGAAUGUUUGAUUCUGAUAGAGGAUCAAACGACUCUGGCACAUCUGAUAGUGAAGCAGAUGAGUCAUCUGAAAAGAAUUUGAAUGAAGAAUUUUCUCCAGAAACUUCAGAACUGGAAAAAAGUGAAAAACUCCGUGAUGAGAAGCUGGAUGAGGAAAACCCAAAGAUUUCUCAUGUGCUGAAGGAAAACGACAGGACUCAAGUACAGCCACUAGAAACACUGAAACUGGAAGUUGAGGAAAGUGAACAAAUUGUUCAAAUUUUUGGAAAUAAAACAGAUCAAAUGGAAGAAAUCAAAAGAGAGGUUGAAAAAUCACCUAAGGGAAAAGGGAGAAGGAGCAAGACAAAAGAUCCCUCAUUGGAGAAUGCGAAGAUUGCACCAGGAAGCCAGGAAGAGGUGGCAAAUGAGUCUCUUACAGAACCUGAAAGAUUAGAUGUGUCUUCCUUGGACUGUAAAGACAUUUCCAGCACUACUGAAAGUGAAACGGAGCCCUCCACAAAAGAUAAGAAGCUUUUGAAAAGGAAAACUUUGGAACAGGCAUCACCUGAGAAGAGAAAUCGGCGAGAGAGCGAGAUGGAAGUGCCAAAUAUUGUCUCUGAAGAGAGGACCAAUGAAUGUACUGGAGCAGAGGAAUGUAGAGGGCUGAAUGCUGAGGAGUCCCUCAGAACUGAAAACGAGGAGAUGCCGUCCCUGGUGGCGGAAUCGAUUCCGCACGGCCCGGAGCCAAGGAAUGACAACUUCCAACGUCCGGUCGAAGCCAACGAGAGCGUUCCCUUGAAAGAUGAGGAUGACACAAUGCCUCAGAUUGGUCCUGAAACCUUGCUGUGCCAUGAAGUAGACCUGGAUGACUUGGAUGAGAAGGAGAAGAGCAGCACUGAAGACACAAUAGCAGAAAAGCCAGACCCCAAUGCUUCCAACUCUGCCCCCUCUGCCUUAGCCCCCGGCGUCCCCUCGAGCUUCCCGGUGGCCUCUCCUCUGGCCCUCAGCCAGGACGAGUCCCGCAGCAUCAAGAGUGAGAGUGACAUGACCAUCGAGGUGGACAGUGUGGCAGAAGAGUCUCAAGAAGGGCUCUGUGAGAGCGAGUCUGCCAAUGGAUUCGAAGCCAGCACCACGUCGAGCAAUUGCAGCAUCGCCGGGCAGGAGAGGGAGACGGGAGAGAAAGGUCAAAAACGACCCAGUGACAGCAAUAGUGGAACACUGGCAAAAAAGCAAAAGCGAACUCCAAAGCGAACCAGCGCUGCAGCCAAAAAUGAAAAGAAUGGAACAGGACAAAGCAGUGACAGUGAAGAUCUCCCUGUCCUGGACAGUUCCAGUAAAUGUACUCCUGUCAAACACAUCAAUACAUCCAAACCACAGAAGAUUUCCCGCUCCCCUGCCAGGGUGAUUUCUCCUCACAUCAAGGAUGGAGAGAAGGACAAGCACAGGGACAAGCACCACCACCAGAAUGCUUCACCCAGAGUGUACAAAUGGAGCUUCCAGCUCAAUGAACUGGACAAUAUGAGCAGCACUGAAAGGAUCUCCUUCCUACAAGAAAAACUCCAGGAGAUAAGAAAAUACUACAUGUCCUUGAAGUCAGAAGUAGCAACCAUAGACAGGAGAAGGAAACGAUUAAAAAAGAAAGACAGAGAAGUGUCCCAUACAGGAGCAUCCAUGUCAUCUGCUUCCUCAGACACUGGAAUGAGCCCCUCAUCAUCCUCUCCUCCCCAGAACGUGCUGGCUGUGGAGUGCAGGUGAUAAACAUUUCUCUGCCUUGCCAGCAGCUCGCUGCCAUGGACAUAAACCCUGAAAUUCAGCCACAGAAAGCACUCAACUGGUUGGACAUUGCCAAGUAUAUCCUGUACACACUUCCACUGCUGGACUGUACCUGUUCCCCCCUCCUACCCUCUUCUUUUGUUUAAUUUACUGUUCAGAGAACUUAAGCUCAUUGGUAACUGAAGGUUUGUAGGCACAAUGUGACAUCCUUGUCAUUGUGUUUGUUUUUGUUCCUUGUUUGUUUCUUUUUGUUUUGGGUUUGUUUUUUUUUUUUCCUAACACAGAGGAAGGGCACUUAUCAAAUUUGCAAAGUUAUGUCCAAUGAAGCAUUCAGGUGUUCUAGGGUGAUCUUAAAAAAAAAAAACAAAAAAAAACCAGCAAGUGCACCAAGCAGAUAUCAGAGUAUUAUCCAAAAGAACUGAGUAACUGCUGCACUUUCACCGAGCUGUGGGUAACUCUUGGUGAGUAGUUCCUCUUUGUGGAAGCACUUGCUAUACAGAACUGCCAAAGUAUGUGUUCAGCAAUGUGCCCAGUUUUAAAGCUGUAAAUGGGACAAAAUAAAUUGUGAAAGGAAGUGUAGUUGACUGAAAACUACAGUUGUAAUAAGUCUUCCACUUUUUAUAGGAUUUUUGAGCACACAAUUAUGCAAAUGUUUUAAUGUUUAUUAAUGUUUACAGUGGAAUUGUGAAUAGGUUUUCAGUGGACUAUCUUAUCCCUUGACAAAAAUAUUUUGUCUUUUUUCUAUGUAAUUUCAGAGUUUUUAUUUUGUUACAAAAAGACGAAAAAUGAAAUAUAUAACAACAAUGAAGUUAUUUAACAAGAUUUCUAAAGCUGAAAUUUUUGUGUAAAAUAAGGUAUCUUGCAACUUGUUAAAUAUAUUUAUUCAGACAUUGGAUGUUGUAUUUUUAUGUAUUUUUUAAAAUAUUAAUAAAAUUGGAAAAAAAAAUUCUAGGUUAGUUCACUCUUUGGACAAAACAUCCUUAUCAGUUCUGGUUCUUCAGGAGGAGUUAUCCAGUAGCCAAACCUGUACUUCCAAUGGGUCUGUCUACAUAUCCUCCAACACACAGAUCUGCCAGCAGGCAUCUGGGUUCAAAUAAAACCUGAUUUGGAAACUUUGGCAGUCCUAGUACUUAACCUUGUUUGGAGGAACAAAAUUUAUUGGGUUGCCCUUUAAGAUGCUUUGUCACAAGUUCUUGUGUUUGCUGUACUGCCGAAUAAAUUUAUAUCUCCCAAAGUUGAGAUGCACCAAUAAAGUAAAAGCAACUGUGUGUGCUCUGCCUGUGGAUUGUCCCACGGGCAGAUGCAGCUUGUAAAUAACUCUUCCAAACCCAUGUAUUUAAAGCAGUUUGCAUAUACAUUAUGUAUAAAAAGUGAUUUUUUAAACAAUUUUUUUAUUCAUGUUUGUACAUUGAAAGGGGGUCUGAGCCCCUUUUUCUGUGUUUAAUAUGCUGUAGAGUAAUAACAUAGAUGCUCUAGACUGUAUAUCAGGAUAUUCUGGUUCCACACAGCAGAAGGUCAGGAGGAAACACUAGUGAUGGCGUAGCAUUACUAAAAUUGAUGUUUCUUGAAAUUUCAUUUUACAGCAUUUGUCAACUUGUGAUUCCAAUUCCUUCCAUUUUCGCAGAAAAUUAAAGAAAAAGUACUCUUGUAAAUGCACUUUUUCUGUCUUUUCUUAAGCAAAGCAGAAGUAUUUCAAUGUAAGAUAAAUAUGGAGCUCACUAGACAGCGCUAAUAAAGGCCAUGUUUUAAACAUAGGCUUUAUAUUCUAUUUUUAUUUAAGUGAUUGUUCUUGUAAAUGUCUGGACUUUACCCUAAAUAGGAAAGUUAAUCUCCAUAAAUUACUGUAAAGACUUUUUUCAGAGCUAACUUGUUAAUCUUCUAAUAGCUACGAAUAAAAAGCAAUACUCAUUUAAAAGGAAGUAACAUGGGUCACAUGUUUAAUAUUUACAGAAGCAAUCUAAAAUCCAGAGAAAUAAGAGGAUUAAUGACAUCUUGUGCAGAUCUGUGAUAUCUAACCUGUGUGCACACUGUGAGAUCUUAAACAGGCACAGAGCAUGGAGGAGCUGCUGCCCUGGUCUGGAUGUUCCCCUCGUGUGCUCUCAGCUGACUGCUGCUCCUGUCUCUUAGGAAUGUUUAAAACCCUACUUGGAAGGCUCCAGGUAUGCUCCCAUGGACCAUGGAAACUCAUUCCAACCCACUGACAGGGAGAACUUCCUCCCUUGCUUCCUCUCCCACCUUCUUCCCUGACAGUGCUCACUCCAAAAACAGCUGGUGUUACUCUGGCAGAGCACUGAACCUGCAGGAAAAGAUGCAUUUUGUGCCAAGCCACUGGCAAAGCCCUCCAGCAUGUCACUGAUUUCCUGGUUUUUAUCUUCCUGGGAAAGAGCACAUCAGAUUAUUCAGUAGAAGUUUGCAGUAGUUUCCUGUGUUGUUUAAAAAUAUCAUGGGGAAAAGAAAACUAACUGGGAUCAUUGGGCUGUCCUGGGUUAAAGGUGAAAUCAAGAAGAAACCCUAAUAAAAUCUACGAUUUCUAACUCUACAAUAAUCCCCUUAUUAAAGCCUUGUUGAUAUAAAUUCCAAAGUGUCUUUCACUGGCUGGAAGUUUAUCCUGUUGAAGACACAGUAAUUAUGAUUAUACAAAAUUAGGAUUUUUUAAAAUAAGAGAUUAGAUUGUGUUUCUGAGACCAAGCAGCAAUAAAGCACCCUUUUGGCACUCUUGGUGCUGUUCUCAUGCCUUCUGAUUUCCCAGGUUUUCCUCAAAAUGAUCCUUGCUAUUUCAAGCUUCCUUAGGAGGUUAAAAAAAAAAAUUAAGAUAUGGGAUCCAACACUGUUAAAAAGAUCAAGGUUGUAAGAGAAUCUUCCUCAAUUUUCUGCAAUUGAUACGAAGAGCUGUCAGAUUGCUGGCAGAUAUCUUACUUUUGUAUUAGCAAAAAUCUGAAAGAUGGAAAACUCAGAACGUUUCCAGGCAAGGAGAUAAGGUAAGAUUAAUUUCUUUACUUGUUUUAGUUUUCACUUUCCAUCAAGUGUAUCAGCUACAUUUGUACUAAUGAGUUUUUAUUUUCUAAUGUGAAAGUUUAGCAACACCCAGUUAAAUCCCUGCUUGGUUUUGGCUCCUCCAUCAGGUUGCUGGUGGCUGGGAAAGUUUCUCCUGUUUAAUCAGCCUGAACAGAUCAGGCAAGAGAAGCAGAGUUGUCAGAACAAUAAUGACAAGUCAUUGUUUUGACAGAGGUUAAACAGAUUUUCAGUAGUAAUUAUCAGUGAAUGAGAAGCAUAAUAAGGGCAAAGAAAUGUGUGGUUUCAUGAAGGAUGAUGUAUAUGACCUUCACAAGGAGCAGCAGAAAAGGUGAUUAAAUCACUGUUUGUGCUUUUAUGCAUGCUUCAAUCUCAUUUUUUAGAAGGUGCAGUAUUAGAAUAGAAGGAAGUUUUUUAAAUGGUUACAUAUUCUCAUUUUUUGUAGGGGGAGCCAUGCAGAAAUGGCUACCAAAAUUACUCAGGAUGGCUUUGAUGUGGAGCUGGGAAGAGAAUCUGAAUCUAAGGAUUGUCAGCUCCUGUGCCUCAGUCAGAAAAUCCACUGCUGAGAGAGCCUUCUCUUUGCAGACAGGUUUGUCAACCAGGUGGAAUAUUACAUUAAAAAAUUAAUACUUUCAUAACAUGUUCUUUUUUUUUUCCCAUUAAAAAUAUUCUUGGAUAGCUGAGGCAGCCACGUGGAUUUUCUGGGCAGCAUUUACUGGAAUUCUUUAACAGCAGUACGUCUUAAGAAAUGCUGUUGUCUUCUUUUUAAGAAAA